AUGGCCUCGCUGUGCCAAGGCGACAGCUGCAACGAAGGCUCCGGUCGAUUCAUGGUGAGGCUCGAAGUCGUGCAGAAGACGGAGUGGAAAGAUACCGUCUUCGUGUACGGCAGCUCGGCUGCACUGGGCCAGUGGGACCUCACGAAAGCUCGAGAGAUGUCCUGCGAAGGGACCUAUCCCGCAUGGAGAGUGGACAUCAACUUUGGUUGGGAGGAUGCCGGGAAGACCGUUGAGUACAAGUUUCUGGUCGAAAAAGGAUCAUCAAAGGAAAGGAUUGAGCAGCCUGGCAUUUGCCGCUAUCUCUACCUUCCAGUUCCACGUGUCAGCCCAGAGAUGCCGGUACGAGAAGGGUUCCCGCAGUUCAGCUUGCCUCAGCUUGCCGGCUGGAUUCAGGAGAUCCAGAGUGAGAUCGAUCGAAAGACCCGCCUGCUGAACCUUGCAAGCCAAAUGGUGGAGGCGCUUCAGAAACUGGACAGUCCUGAAGCAUCCGCCAUGGGUGAAGAGCAACUUCUCGGAGGACUUCAUGAGGCAUCGCAGAAAUGUCCAUCAUCUGGCUUGCACCGAAUUCACCGUUUGGAAGCAGCUUCGGCGGCUCAGCAAGAAUUUCUGGGAAGUUUGGAGGCCUUCAUCGCCAAGCAGAUGUCAGAGCAGCAUCAACGAAUGAUGAGCCUGGAGGCUGCGCUGGCUGGACAGGAAGAGCUCUUCAAAGGACUUCUGGAUGCGCGAGAUGGAGGUCUUGAGCAGGAAAAGACCCCGGCCCAGGUGAGACGGUCAUUGCUCUCUUCGCGCUCCACCCCUGCCACCGCUGGCAGCGACUUCGGUGUGUCCAGCGACGGCGACAACGAGGAGGACGACGGCGAUGUCGACGGAGUGGAACAGGGCGACGCAGUGUCCUCGACCGAUGCCGAGGACGACGAAGUGACCGAGCUGGUGAUGGAGGAAAGGGCCCAGCAGUGGCCGCAGUGGCCCAUCAUUGAGACCACAGUGAGCAUCACCCGGGAUGGCCAGCGCGCGUCGCGCAAGCGCGGGCGGCAGUGCUCCGGGUGCCUGGCACCGCCAGUGCCAGUGGUCAAGCACACUCACGCCAAGGCGUUGCGCGAUGGAGAAAACCGUGCCAUACCUUGGUGGGGAGAGCAGCAGAAGUUGCAGGUCACUGGGCGAAUGGGACAAGAGCAAAGCGCUCCCGCUUCAGUGCCACGCGCACCCCAGGAUGUCGGUAUUGGCUUGGAUGAGCUUGAAUCACCCAUUCAGUACAAGUUUCUCCUGGAACGAGGAGAAAACAGUGGUCAGAAUUCCUGUGGCAACUUCGAUCACAGGGAGGUUUUGGAGCGGUACGCGGGCUCUAUUCCUAUUGAAGCUCAUGCCAUAGCUUUGCCACUUUGCAAUGGAGCUGAUGGAGCCGAGUCAGGUGAUUCUUCGAAAGACAAGGAGGUGACAGUAGGUUUCUUGUGCUAUAAAAAGAAGGUUGCUAGCUCGGCGUGGGUUCAAGAUCUCGAGGACUCCAUCAAAGGCAUCCAAAAGCAGAUGAACGCCCUUGCUGAAGAGCUCAAUAAUGUUGUGUUUCUUGAUGCGCUGGAGAAACAGCAAACAUUGAUGGAAGGGCUCCAACAGCAGAUCGACGAGCAUCAUCGUGCCAGCAAGGAGCUGACGGAGAAGACUGAUGGUUUGUCCUCCGAUGCACUGAGUCAACUCCAGAAGAUCACUACCCUUGAGGAAACCCAGAAAAGUCUGGAAGGACGGCAGGGCCUGGUCAAGGCGAAAGAGGAGAAGGCUGAAAAGGCAGCGAAGGAGCGAGAUGAACAACUCAGAGUACAGCUCGAGGAGCACAAGAAGCAGGUGAACAAGACCCUGAACACGUUCCGAAGGUCUGGCAUCUCAAAUCAAGAGUUCGAUGCGUGGAAGGCAGAGCAAAAGGUCUGGAAGACCGAGACGAUACAGCGACUCCUCGAGGCGAUCGAGCAGUGCGGGCUGCACCAGCUUGUGGAGCAGAGGAGCUUGUCCAUGCACGACUCCACAGACUUCUUGUGCUUGGAAGAGAAGAGUGGCUGCAGCACUGAGGCAACGCUCCCUGGUGCUGAGGAAGUGGACGAUGGCCAGGAACCCUCAACUCACGUCCUGCCGGAUGAAUGUAGACCCACUCCGCCUACCGCGGACCCUGGCUCGUGUGGGCCUGGCGACAGCACCUCUCCUGGCUCUUUCCAAGGCUUUAAUUGUCCACUGCGACCAGAGGACCCAACUUCUGCCCAAAAAACCUUGGAGGUGGAAAGGAACUUGUGGAACGCCCGCGACGAACAGAAGAGCGUCGCAGAGCGAAGGAAGCGCUUAAAGGAAGCGCAACUGACGCUACAUCCUGACAAGGGUGGCACAGACGCAGCAAUGAUUUGGUUCAAAGAUUGGCUGAAAGAGCACAUCGAGUGGUAUUUCGAGCCAGACACGGUACCGGAGAAUCUCAAGAAACAGUACCAGGAGGAUGAGGUCCCUGCGUGUCCGAAGGUGGUCUGA